ACGUCUCUCUCUCACACUCAACACACACAGAUACAGUCCUCUUCCUCCACCACCACCUCUGUACUCUGCACAUCCAUCGUCUCUAAGAUAUUACUUCGAUCAGAAUCUGUAAUAUUUUUCAUUUGAACUGUCAUUUGCCCCCACAUUCCCCUCCAAUUUUAGCCACACGCCUUCCACCAUAACACGACUGUUUUGUCUUUCUUUCCCUCUGUUUCUUUCUGUCGUCUAUCUACGAACCGAAUUUGUAGGUACAUCAGGUACAUGUCACAGUUAUUUCACCAAUAUCAUUCUCCAUUUUUUGUGAGUUGAAAAUUGUACCUUCUCUUUGUAUAGCAGAGCUCUAAAUAUAGGAAGAAAGGCAGACCAUACGUCAUCGGCAAGUCUUCAAAAACCCAAUAAAACAACGCCCUCCUCCUCUGAUUCGUCUUCUUGUUUAUUUUCAACCCAAAAACUUCGGACCCUCUUCCAAAUUCCGUCGAGGCAGAAGCCGAAAGAGAGAUUCACAGAGAGGGAGAGAGAGGAAUUUGGGUAGACGACGAUGAUUCAUGAAUGCUUGGACUGGGUUGAAUUUGGAAUGCGUUCCCUGUUCUUCAAUUUCUCCGGCCACUUUCUGCAAAUGAAUAAUUCCUUCCCCUUCACAAUGUUUUGCUGAUCAGUAAGGCAUUCAAUUCAAUUCCCAUUUACAUACCAACAAUGGCGUCUUCUCAGGUGGAAAUCGCCUCCUCCUCGCCCUUCGGUUCCGUUCUGAGGGAUCGAAACCGGGGGGACCAACGGAGCCUCAAACAAACCACCGUCCAAACGGCGUUCCAGAAGAGCCUCAAAGCUUUGGUACGAACGCACCUCCAGUACAGGCCCUGCAUUUCAUCGUUAUCGCCGCCCAAACACAGCCAGAAGCAUAGACAGGUCGAGAAUUUCCCGCCUCAAUCCGAUGACUCGGAGGAAACUCCGAAUCUCGGCAGCGUUUCUUCCCUUGUCCAGAGAUGGAAGCAGUUCACGGCGACCGCAAACAAAACCUGCCCAAAUUCCUCCUCCACCCCUGUUCCCACCGCGACCGCAGACAAAACAUGCCCAAAUUCCUCCUCCUCCCCUGUUCCCACACCGACCGCACCUGUCCCCAUCUCCACGGCGAAUUCUGUUUUGGCGCCGGCCGGCGAUAAUCCUAACGAAACGGAAAGGCCAAGAGUAGCGGAUGUCAUUCGAAAGCAGUUCACUGACUCUCGUCAGAAUCAAUCCACAGCCAAAACCUGCCCAAAUUCCUCCUCCUCCCCUGUUUCCACGUCCAGCGCCCCUGUCCCCAUUGCGACGACGAAUUUUGUUUUGGCGCCGGCUGGGGAUAAUCCUAAAGAGACCGAAAGGCCAAGAGUCGCGGAUGUCAUUCGGAGGCUGACAUCAGAGAAUCAGAUCCAAAGUACUGAUCAUGAACAAACUCCUGUUCUCAAUGAUUUCCCCCAAUUCUCAGUUAGCCCUCCUCGGAUCAGAGGCCGCCAAGCGUAUACCAGUUUGCUCAUGCAAUUCGAGCGCGAUAGGAACCGAGAGCUUGACACCUUGUUGGAGCGCCAAGCAGUGUCGAAAUUCUCACACAAAGGCCGCAUUCAGGCAAUGCUGCGCCUCAGAUUCCUGCUCGGAGCGGCGGCCGGAUAUCAGCAACAUUCGCGAUUGAUGCCGGUUGGAGUCCAAAGGCAUUCGCGUUCUGAAGCAGGAGCAGCUCUGGAUUCGCAUUCGCCUGCAAUUAGGGAUCAAAAACAUUCACAUAAUGAAGCGGCAGCUGUUUCGGAUCAACAUAAUUUAGGUCACGAAGCGGCAGUUGAGGCCGCGCAGAAUUCAUCUUCAACAGCAGGUAAGCUCUGGCAAUGUAGCCAGAAUGAAGCUGCAGCAAGAGAUCAACAGCAUUCUCAUUCCAUGCCGGCUGAAUCAAGCCAACCCACACAGGGCUGCUCUGCAGUAUUGCUUCUAAGGGAGAAGUUCGACGUAGGGAAGGAGAAUGAUGCAGUUAACUCAAGAACCUCGCAAGGAGUUGUGGAAGACAAAGCUUCAGUUGUCAAAAGUUCUUAUACCUCCAACCGAAUUGGAGAGGAGACUUGCCUUCGAGAAGUCAGCACCACCAAGCAGCAAAAUACAUUGCCGAUUCCAAAUUCGUUAUCAGAUACAAAUGGAGAUGUCCACGAUGAAAUUAGUCCUACUUCACCAAAAGCACAGCAAGAAACCCCCGAUAGUCUCAGCAAUUACGAAUCUGCAUACAGAUGUACAUCCUCAAAUGGUGGUGAAGAGAAUAAGAAUGUGGAAUCAUCAAAUGGCAGCAAAGAGAUUGAGAAAAAUGUGGAAUCCUCAAAUGGCAGCGAAGAGAAUGAGAUUGUGGAAGAACAAGAGGCCAACAAAACAUCAUUUCAGGAAUCUGAAAAUGAGUUUUUUCAUCCCCGGAGUUAUUGGGAAGAACUAGAGGAUAAUAAGCUGUUGCAGCUAAUGGAAGCCGAUCAGGAGUGGGCAAAUGAGGGCGAGCUGGAUGAACAAGAGGCCGAUAGCCAUCCUGUCCUAGGAACAAAUCAUGAUUGGAUGAGUGACGUUUCUCGGCCAAGGAGUGACUGGGAAACUCUCAGGCAAGUUAGGUACCAGGAAAUGCUUGACCCUUUCAUGGAUAAAAAAGAGAUACAGCAACUCCUUGAAUGGAGAAGUGUGUCGACAUUUCUUUGUAGUAGUUUAAGGGAGACAAUGGACCAAUUGAUGAUAUCUCGCGCACAAAGACUACCAACCACCCACAAUCAGCACGAAGAGGAGGAAGAACAGGAUUGUACGCACAAUAGGCUAGAACAACUCAUGAUGUCUCAUGUACAGAGGCAAACACAUAAAAUGAGCCAUCGCCAAGAAGAAGAAGAACCUCAAGAACAGAUUGAAGAAGAGGAGGAGGAGGAAGAAGCAACUGAGAGCGUAGUUGAGUACCAAUAUGGUGAAGUAGAUGAUAAUGAAGUCAGCAAUGAUUCUGAUCAAGAAGGAUCGUCAUUGUCGCACCAACCUCCACCUCCAUCAUCUCAGUCGCCCAUUGGAGGGACUCAAUCCUGCAAUUCAUCUACUAAACAUGCUAGAAUUGAAAUGGAACUUGUAUAUGAUUUGAGAGCUCACAUAGAGCUACUUCAUCAAGAGAUCUCGGAGCUACGAAAAACAUUGAUGAACAACUGCUUGAACAUCCAGGAGAAAUUGCAAAACUCUGUUAAGCAGGAAGUUGCGGCUGCAGUGAAACGCUCAGCACAUGGUGGGAGGAAAAAACCAUUCAUGAACGGGGCUUCAAGGAAGAGCAGAUGCCGCUUUUGCCGUGAAAUGCAAGUUGAUUCUAUUCUUUACAGAUGCGGGCAUAUGUGCGCGUGUUUCGGUUGUGCCCGGGACCUGCAAUGGAGUACUGGGAAAUGUCCAAUAUGUCAAGCUCCAAUACUCGAUGUUGUUCGCGUGCAUGCUGGCUCGUAGAGAAUGGGAGAACGAGUUCUUGCCCAGAGGACCUUCUCUAAUCUAAUCUUCUGAUUAACAGAGAGAGAACUCGGAGGCCAAAUUUUUACUUCUUCCUGAUUUUGUUGUGUUGAUUUGUAUUAAACUCUUUAACCCAUCGUGUUAACAAACUGCAAAGACCUACAGAUUAUCCAUUUCUUCCUUUUACACAUGCACUGUGUCUGUGUUUCUAUGCUGUAACAAUAUUCUUCCACAGUUCAUACUGAUUUAAUUCAAAUCAAAUGACACCGGCA